AUGAGGCCCCUCCUGGUGUUGCUGCUCCUGGCUACUGUGUGUACUGCCCUGGCCCGGGCCCUGCACUGCCACGUGUGCUGCGGCCACGAGAACUGCGAGUCUCUAGUGGAGUGUGCCCCGACGGACAAGUUCUGUGUGAUCACCAGGGCGACCAACCCCGGCGGCAUCCUGGUCAUGAAGUCCUGCGCCCCGACCUGCCCCAACAGCACUGUGUCCUCGGACGGCCGCGCCCUCUCUGUCUCCUGCUGCGACGGCAGCCAGUGCAACCGUAGCGCAGCCUCGGGCCUCGGGGGCAGCCUGGGGACCCUGGGGGCCAGCGCCGCUGUCAGCCUGCUGUGGGCCCUGCUCCACGCGGCUUGGUGAGGGUCCAGCCUGCAUCUCUGCGCCUCGCAGCAGGGGUCUGUCUGGAGGCCCCAGACCCAGCUAGCACCCCUCCCCCACUUCCCCAGGACAACCCAGCCCCCUCCCCAGCCCUUGCCCAGAGAGAAAUGAAGGACCACAGCCCCUCAGUCCCCUACCAGAUGAGGAAAGAGCCCCUCCUGCCUUGGAGGCCGUCCAAUAGGCUGCCCAGGAGGGGACAUCUCCAGCCGGCUCAGCCCUUUCCUGCUCCUGAGGCUUCCUGGCCACUGUGGAGUGGGAGGGGUGCCCAGUCUCCCAGCUGUCUGCACCCCCACUCAGGGCUAAGACCCAGGGGCUAGGCUGGGGUUCUCCCUCUCAAGGGUGCCUGUAGGACCCUGUGCUCAUGGCUGUGGGGCCCUGGGCCUCUCCUGUGCCAGGAGUAGCCCUGACAUGGAGAACACGGCUGUGAGUUUGGGGCAGCUCUCUGCACCCCGUGCAACCCCCGUUCUUACCCCGUUCACCCACCCGCCACCACCCACUGCUGUCACUCACUGUUCCUCACUCUCACACAUCCCAUCUACCACUGACCACAGCACUGACCAGUCACAGAGCUACCUCCCAGGGCUUCCCAGGGAAUCCAAAUGCUAGCCAGUGCCCCCAGCCCAGGGACCACCACCAGCCCCUGUCCAGGUGAACACAGGCUUUUUAAAUGGUCCCUUGGUGGCCCCCGUGGGGGUGGGGCAGGGCCUUGGGACUUGGUAUCAGGCUUUGAGACACGGGCGGUGGGCUGUCCAUUCCCACAGGGCAAGGGGAGACCCUCCUACUUCCAGAGAGCGCUGCCUCCCAGCCCGUUCCCCAGGGUGU